CUUUGACAACCUUCCAGAUGAACGAUACAGCUCGACUGAGUAUCACGAAAAGUUAACAACUUCGGGCCCUUUUGCAUAUCCCUUGGAAAUCGCACAAACUGCAGUUCCCUGUAACUCUUCCAAUGUUGUGAAUUCUUCUUUUGAGACCAUGAGUUACGGUUAUGAAGGUGUACCCUAUGAUACAAGCACUAGAUGGGAUUUCAGCAAAUUCAUAAACCCUCCGGAACCGGUUGGAAGGGUCACUGGUAGCUGCCCCCUGAGCGAGUGGAUGAUGACCGAGCAGGAGGCCUUGAAUUCCAACAGUCGAGGAUCGUCUCGAUUUAGUAAUGAGUUGUCUCUGAGUCUUGCAACGUCUGAACCAUCUGUUGUUCAUGGAAGUUGCAUUCUGGAGCAAUGCUCGGAGAUGAGCUCCUCAGGUGUAACUCGCUAUUCAUUGCCUAAUGGACACGUAUUGUCUGAACAUGCAUCUCGCAGUGGUAGUGAUGUCUCAUUAAGUUUUGAUUCUUAUAAGCCACUCCAUCUUUCACCCUUGUUACCAGGAUCGAGAUUUGUCCAUGCGAUGCAGGAAAUACUUGCUGAAAUUGCUGGCUACGCACUUGAAAACAUAGAACAAAUGAGUUACUCUGCAGAUCAGAUUGGGGAUGGAGUAAAUGUUUCUUUCUCUUCAAGCCUUGAUGGGGAGAAUACAUUCAUGUAUCGAAACAAUGUCUUGCAAGAAAGAACUUCCGAAUCAAAGAAAAAGCAUCUCCUCGCUUUAUUGCAAGUGGUUGAUGAACGAUACAACCGAUGCUUGGACGAAAUCCAUACCGUAACAUCUGCAUUUCAUGCUGUGACCGAGUUGGAUCCUAAUCUACAUGCUAGGUUUGCUCUCCCAAUGAUCUCAUUCAUGUACAAGAACCUGAGGGAGAGAAUCAGCAGCCAUGUCCUUGCAGUGGGAGCACAUAUGAGUAAAGGAGAAGCAACAGAAGAGACGGCACUUGAAACGUGCUUCAUCCACAAGCAGUGGGCUCUCCAGCAGCUAUACAAGAGAGAUCAUCAAUUUUGGAGGCCUCAACGGGGACUUCCAGAAAGAUCCGUCUCCGUUUUGAGGGCGUGGAUGUUUCAGAACUUCCUUCAUCCGUACCCGAAAGAUGCAGAGAAGCACUUGCUUGCUUUGAAGAGCGGACUAACAAGGAAUCAGGUGUCGAAUUGGUUUAUAAACGCUCGUGUUCGUCUAUGGAAACCAAUGAUAGAGGAAAUGUACGCGGAGAUGAAUAGAAGGAAAGGUCACCGGAACGAUGAAGAAACUGGGGGCGACCACAGAAAUCACAAGGGCUUCGAGAGUAGAAGAUUUACGACAGAGUGAUAUGGAUAAAAAGCACUUGUUGAUUCAAGUCAAGUAGAGAUUAGUAUAGUAUGGAUGAUAUAUCAUAUAACUGUAUAUCCACUCAUCGUAAUUGAAUAUCUAGCUUUCAUCUAUGCUCUUGAGAAUGUAAUCUCAACUUUGUAUAACCAAAGAAGAUGUCAGCAACAAAAACUGUAUGCCUGUAGCUAUACAUUGCCUUUCAGAUGGCCGCUCUGUUUUGAUGCUGGCUCACGAUUGGAUU